AUCCUGGUAUUUCAAAAGAAAAGAGAAAGCCUGUUGGAUUAACUUCCCUAGUAGCAGGUAUGCAAAUACCCAAUAAGAGGGAUCAACGACAAUAAUGCACGCUGUUUCAAGAGAUAAAUUCUGUAUAUAUGAAUAAUUGAAUAAUUAGAGGUAGAACACGAUGUUAUUUAAAAAUGAGACAAUAUGCAUGGUUGUCGGGAUUGCUGGAAUCGUAUAUUUCGCUAUUACAAUAGUUGGAUUCAUUUAUUGUAAAAUCAGAAAUAUUACAUGCUGCCAUGAAACACAUCAGGAAAGCAGCACCGAGUUUAAGAUUGAAAGAGAAGAGGGUAUUAGACAAUCAGGUGUUUGUGGAGAGCAGGACCCAACACUGCAGCGCUAUGUUAAAAAUCCCACGCAUGACAGCAACUUGAGAGCAAAAGAAUCAGAUGAACAAGGGGAGCCAAAAUAUGAUUAUGCAGUCACAGGAGAAAUAUGUAGAUGCACAGGUAAUGAAUCACAGAAAAGUGACGAAGAGUCAUUAGACCACACAGAGGGGAAUACGAGUAAAAACGAAACGGAGACCACCAAGAAAGCUGAUGAGCCUGUUGUUAUUGAAGACACUAAAGUUAAAAGGAAAGAAAAGACGAAUGGAAAGAGGCCAAUCAAACGAACAUGUUUGAAAAGUGGUACUGUGCAUUAUGAAAAUGAAACUGUAGAUACCUCUGUAAAGAAGAAAGAAAAAACGAAUGCAAAUAGGCUAAACAAACGAACAUGUUUGAAAAGUGGUACUGUACAUUAUGAAAAUGAAACUGUGGAUACCUCUGAAAAGAAGGCAAACGAUGACAUUGAAAAUGAAAAUGUUAGUGACACGUCUUAUGUUCAAAUGAGAAAAACAGAUAGUGCAUCUGGCCAGUAUGAGAAUGAAGGCGCUAAGACUGAGCGUUAUGGAAAUGAAAGUAACGUUUAUGAAAGUGUGCAUAAUAUGCCAGAUAAGAUGAUGACCGUCGUAGACAUAGAUAUUGAAGCCAAUAACGAUGACUGUAUGGCAACAUCAGACAAUGGUAUUAGUGACAAUAUGAGCCACAAAACGUUGAACACAGACAAAGAAAAUGAACCAACUUCAAAUAGCAAUUACAUAGAAAACAGAGAGAAAGAACAUGGUAAAAGGUUUGGAAAAAGAGACUCUUACAGUAAAAGAGAGAGUCAGGGAAGUGGUCAAAGCAACGAGAGCAGAACAAGUGAUGAAAGCGAGGAAAGCAAUGAUAGUAACAAAAGUAGAUCUACCGAUAUAUCUGUUCGUUCUGACAAUACAGAUACAUCUGUUCGUUCUGACAAUACUCCAAGAGAAUCAACAUCACCAACAAACCCUGGUCAAGACAGUAAUGCUAUGUACGUGAAGGUUUAUGCACAAACUAUUCAGAUUGGUCCGAGCACUAUUUACCACUUGCAUACAGAUUAGCAUAUAGUAAAACGCUUAUGUAUCUAUUUAUAAACCCAAACUGAAGAAUGUUAGAGGCCACAGUUUAGGUGUUCCAAAUUUAUAAAUCCAUUUGGAAUAUAUUAAUUAGGCGGAAAAACCGGAGGGAAUCGUAUGAAGUUUAAACUGAACGAGGCCGAGUGCAUCAAAAUGGUAAACGUCUCCUAUAUUCAUAUAUUACUCUUCAUUCAAAAUCAGACUCAUACAAAUAUGUCACGACUGGAGAUGGGACACAAACAUGUAUUUCAGUUCAGACGACAUUUCUGAUGUAUUUAGAUAACAUUAUCUUUAAAAACAGAUUUGCAUGAAAUCUUUAUUGAUAUCCGCUUAUUUCUUUAUUCUUAACAGCUGCAACAAUUUCCUUUUCAUUACGUUUCGACAAAAGAGAUUCACUUGAUAAAAAUGUAGGAUGCAAAAUAUUGAAUUAUUUGUUAUUAGAUGGUUUGUUGAUAAAUGAUUUAUUUGUUAAUUUAUAAUUUAUUUGUUAAUAAAAAAUUUAUGUUCUGCAUUAAAUAUGAAAAAUCA